CGGGGCGCUCUGCCGCCGGGAGCUGCCCUGCGUCCUGCCCCGCCUGCUCUCGGUGUAUCAAAAUUCUGACGACUGGACCGAGCGUAUUCGUGUGCUGAGGGUUCUGACUGAAAUGUUUCUGCCUCAUAUCAACCUUUCAGAAUUAGAGCAAACCUUUUUCUCAAAAGUGUUACCCAAGGCAAUACAAUUAUUUGAUGAUUUGUUGUAUGAAUUAUCUAGUCAAGCCAAAGGACUAACCAGCCAGAACACAGAAUUAUGCAAAGCGGUGAGGAAUGUUUUACAGACUAUGGUGCAGCUGCUGGAAACUCUGACGGGUUGUGUGCGACAUAUCUGUACCCUGCAGGAGCCUGUGCCUCUAGAGAGUAUCCGUAGCCUUCCCUCUUCCAUUCUGUAUGUAAUCAAAAACACAUUUAUGCACUGCAAGGACAGCGAGUCACUGUACAGUGGGUGCUUGCACUUGAUUUCUGACCUCCUCCAAUCUCUGUUUAAAGAGACCUAUUCUCUUCAAAACCAGUUUAUGGAGCUGCUUGAUAUGAUCGCUAUGGAAUCUGCUUCUGCUGAGGACAGCAUUCAGCACCUGAUAAUUGUGAUCCACACUGUGCUGGAGAUCUGCUCUGUCAUUUCCAACAUGGACCAUGCCCUUCAUGCCAACACAUGGAAGUUCAUAAUCAAGAAUUUAUUCCUUUCCUCUCUGAUUCCUGCUGUCAAUUACACCAGCUGUAUCUUCAGAUAUAUAGAUCUUUCUCCUGAGUUACAUCUGCCGCAGUGUCAUCUUCUGGUUGCCAUAAUGGAUAAGCUUCCCUCUCAGCCUGAGGAUGUGCAGGCUCUCUGGACCACAGGAAGCCAGUUCUCAGAAGAGGUUCCCAGGCUCUCUUUGUUCUCAGCCCUUUUUCUCGGUUUCCAGCAGUGCUCUGGUGAGCUCUCUCUUCCUGUUUGUUUGCCGGGAGUGAUGGAUGAUGGACAAGCUGAGGUUCCUGUCACCCUGUAUCACCACCUCUGUGUCCACUUGUGUGCCUUCAUUGCAUCCACACCCCCAUCACACUUUCCUCAGCUGGAGCGUGCUCUGCUGGAUGCAGUCCUUGGCUCUAGUAUGAUCACCUCUCUACUGGCUAUGGAUUCAUGGUGCUUCCUGGCCCGCCUUGUUUUUACAUUAUAAAUUCAGAUGUUAUCUAAGAUGGAAUGAAAACUCUAGUCAAUAAUGACUAGAGAACUAGUGAAAUGGUGACAUCACAAGAUCCAAGUGAGUGAAAGCUGAGCAAUUGAAAGGUACAAGAAUUUAAAACUCUCUUUGUUUUUGUUAAUGCCUGUUUAACCUUAAUGCAGCAUUGCAAACUCUCACAAUUUUAUCACAAGUCUCGAAAUAUUUGGUGUUUCUCUUAAAGCCCCUGCAUGUGGAGUCAAUUGAGAAUCUCCGCUUUCUUUUUUUUUUUUUAAAUGGUGGUUGUGGAGAAAAGCUUGAAAAUGUGUAUAACCUAGAGUUUCAAAAAUCAGAAGGCAAAGAAAUAGAACCCAGAAUUUAUUAUUUCUAAACCAGUCUCAUAAUUUCUUCAGGGCUGACUCAUGAUUUUGGAAUACCUGGGGUUAGCAAUGGGAAUGACUAAUUAACAUAAGCAUUUGUUAAAGAACUAUCAUCCUCACUCCUUUUCUGUUAGGAGUUCAUAGUAAACAUUUCUGAGACCUUCCAACAUGUCAGAAAAAUCGGAUACUCCGGCUAUUUCAAAGGUUAAAAAAAAAACAACGAAAAAAGCUUACAAAGCUGAAAACCAUCAUAAACAGGGAGAACGGGAGUACUUGUGGCACCUUAGAGAC